UUGAAAGUCAAUGGGGGUAUUGCUCAUGAGAAAACCACACCACAUCCCACUGCCAAUUGGAAUUUUCUUUUGGCCAAUGCGACGUCGUUCCAAUCUUCUAGACGGUUCCGACGGCGUCGUGUGGGUGGACGGCCGCUUCCGAGAAGAGUCUUCGGUUAUAAUAAACCAGUCCGGACGUUACGCGCCGAAGACGAAAGGCAAUUCGAUCUCCGUCCGCCCCCGGCGAAGUCAACAUUUCUUCGCAUGCUCAGCCCUUCAUCGCCGCCCGCCGCCGCCGCCGUCGUCAAUGGCGUCGAUCUACACGUGCAAGGAGUGCGGGGCCAACCUCAACCUCAGCGCCCACCACCUCUACCCGCCGGACUUCUACUUCGAGGCCGGGAACAAGGACUCCGUCUCCUUCUCCGCCGUCGACGCCUCCAAGUUCCGGUUCGAGAAGGAGGACAAGAUCAGGCCCUUCUUCGAGACCCUCGACUACUGGGGCAUCCAGCGGAAGCGGACCAAGAUCAUCUGCAACUCCUGCGGCCGCCUCGUCGGCCAUGUCUACGACGACGGGCCCCCGAUGAUGAGCGGCACGGGUCAGUUCCACAUGGGGCCGAGCCAGGUGAUCCCCAGGGCGCCGAGGUAUCGGUUUAAGAACAAGGCUCUGCACGUGACUUCCGAGACUUGAUGAGAGAGUUUCCGCGUGUUCUUGUUGUUGGGGGAAUUGGUAUACGUUUGAUAGUGUGGACUGGCUGAUUGUGUUGUAUACGGAUUAUGAUAGUCUCAUAGAAGUGGAAUGUGUAAAACAGAGUACCCGGGAUGGUGUUGUUCUAUACUUGUUCAAUAAAAUUAUGAAUUAAGUUCUUGGUUCA